AUGGAUGCCGUCAACAAGACUGACCUUCCAGGGAACGUUUCAACCACAGAAGUGUAUGCCAGCCCCUCCCUAGAGAGAAUUACCUCUGCAAACCUGGCCACUGCCCUUUUUAUCUUUGUGUCCUUACUGGUGGGGACACCUUCCAACAGCCUCUUCCUCUGGGUGCUGGGGGUGAAGAUGAAGAGGACGGUGAACACCCUCUGGUUCUCCCAUCUGAUCUUCACCUACUUGCUGUACUGUUCCUUCCUUCCUGUCUUCUCUGUCUACAUCUUGCUGGACUUCCAUUGGGUCUUCGGGACGGUGGUUUGCAAACUUAUCAAUUUCUCCUUUUCUCUCACGAUGUUCACCACCGUCUUUCUCCUCACCAUCAUUAGCUUGGACCGUUACCUCCUUAUCUGUCACCCCGUCUGGUCCCAGCACAACCGUACGAUUCCCCGGACAUGGAGAGUGGUCUCAGUAGUGUGGCUGGUUUCCUUAAUACUCAGCUCUCCCUACUGCUUUCGGGAGAUCCAAGAGAGCAAGGACAGGAAGAGGUGUCUCAAUAACUAUGCUCUGUCCAGCGACUGGGACAGGCCUGCAACUAAAGACUUGAGGGCUCACAUUCACAUGGCUCUCUUUGUGGUCCGGUUCCUACUGGCUUUUUUGCUUCCCCUUCUGAUCAUCGCGGGCUGCCAUUGCAGGAUGGGCUGGGAAUUGAAGAAGAAAAGGCUGGUGAGGAACAGGAAGCCUUUCUGGGUCUUGGGGGCAGCUGUGGUCUCCUUCUUCGUCUGCUGGCUCCCUUACCACCUCUACCACAGUUCACCGAAUUAUUGGGAAUCGUUCGGCUUCACACAACAGGCAUUACGGAUGGUGAUGGUCGUCGGGGAGUGCUUCAAUUUCUGCUUCACCCCCAUUCUCUAUCUGUUUGUCGGGGAGAGAUUCCAGCAGGUCUUCAAGACGUCUCUUCUGUCCCUGCUGAAGAGGGGCUUUAUGGAUAUUCCCAUCAUCCCCAUGGGCAACACCAAUGAGGACGGCCACCAAACUUGUAGCAUCAGCAGCUUGGAGGGGAAGCUCUCUCAAGGAAAUUGCCAGUCGUCUCCUUGA